GCAGUUUUAACCAAUAGUUCUGUCACUUUACUUCCUCCAGCGAUUUUGGAACGUUUACUGUUGAAAAGUGAUAUCCCAAGUAUAAAUACAGUAAAGUAUACACAGUAAAGGUUACAAAAAAGGAAAACAUUGGAUUAGUAACACGAGCCGACUGUUCAUCCCACUUUGGUAAUACGUGGCAAUGCCUGACGUCAUUAGAACGCGGCCAUCUUUCCACAGUUAGUGCGUUUGCUACUUCUCUUUUGGCUCAAUACAUUGGAAAGUGAUUGAUUUUCCACCCACUCGUUUCUCUGGAAUAUCAAGAUUUCAGGUAGGAAUACCAAAGGCCGGGAAGAUGAUGGAAGAAAGUGGAAUAGAGACCACCCCACCCGCCUCCCCUUUGCCUCCCCCUAGCAUGGCAGCCGCAGUCAACCCCCCUCCCCUGACUAUGGGCCUGUCCAGUCCCCUGUCCCUCCCCAGAACCACCGGCAUAUCCACCUUCGCCCCCGAGGGCUUCUCAACCCCCGCCCCUCUCGCUGUCUCCACCUCCAUCCCCCCUAUCCACUCCUCCGCGUCCCCUCCCUUCGGCAGCCCCAUACCCACCCUGUCCUACCCCCCUCCGCCCAUCGGGGGAGCACCUUACACCCCCAGCCCCAUGGCCUUCUCCUCCCCCUAUCCCUCCCCGCCCCCGAUGGGCGCUGGGGCCCUGCCUCCGACUGGUCCGGUGAUGACGGCGCCACCGAUGGGCCCGCCCACCACAGGCUUUACCAUGAGUGCGGGCUAUGACAUCACGCGGGGGCACGCCGGACGCACACCGCAGACGCCGCUCAUGCCCAGUUUCUCCAGCGCCGCCCCGAUGACAGGGGUAGUAUCCAACCCAAUGGUGCAACAGCCAAUGAUGUCAGGGGGUCUAGAUGCCGGCUCCCCCAUCACCUUCCCUGAGGUCGAAAACGAGGACCCCCGCCUUGCCGUAGAUGCCAACGCGGGGGGCGGCAUUUGGGGUUUCUUCAAGGGCGUGGCAGGUAACCACAUGGUAAAGACGGUCCUGGAUAAGACCAAGCACUCAGUGGAAUCCAUGAUCACCACUCUGGACCCGGGCAUGGCUCCAUACAUCAAGUCGGGCGGGGACUUGGACAUCGUGGUGACAUCAGACAAAGAGGUGAAGGUGGGGGCAGUGAGAGAUGCCUUCCAAGAGGUGUUUGGCAUGGCCAUGGUGACCGGGGAGGCCGGCCAGUCCAACAUCGCCCCGCAGCCCGUUGGCUACGCAGCCGGAGUCAAGGGGGCCCAGGAGCGCAUCGACAGCCUGCGGCGGGCGGGCGUCAUCCACGAGAAGCAGCCCGUGGUCUCUGUGGAGAACUUCAUCGCCGAGCUUUUCCCCGACAAAUGGUUUGACAUUGGCUGUCUAAUCCUGGAGGAUCCUGGAGCUGGCAUUCACAUAGAGACCUUCACUCAGGCUACGCCACUGGCCUUGGAGCACGUCCAGCAGGCCCAGUCCCUGACCCCGCCGGACUACAACCUUCGCUGGUCGGGCCUACUGGUGACGGUGGGCGAGGUGCUGGAGCGCAAUGUACCCAAUGUGUUGCGCACGGACUGGCACCAGGCCUUCACGGGCAUGUCGCGCCGCCAGAUGAUCCAGAGCGCCGCCAAGGCCCUGGCGGGCAUGUACAAGCAGCAGCUUCCACCCAGGACAAUGUGAGGUGGCACCAUGUCUUUAAACUGACAACUAGGGGGAGGGAGAACCAGAGGAGGGAAGAGGGGGUUGGGCAGAAGCGGCAGCCGUUUCACCAAAUGGGAUUCCUACUCUGCUUCUAGCUGUCCGUCCUGAUUGGGCAAAAAGCCAAAUGCAAUUUUUUUCGUUAUGUUUUAUUAUUUGUUUGUAGCAAUGUUUCAAAUCAAAUCAAAUGUAUUUAUAUAGCCCUUCGUACAUCAGCUGAUAUCUCAAAGUGCUGUACAGAAACCCAGCCUAAAACCCCAAACAGCAAGCAAUGCAGGUGUAGAAGCACGGUGGCUAGGAAAAACUCCCUAGAAAAGGCCAAUGGGUUGAAACAUUCUGAUGUGCCAACAGGAUGUAGAGAAUGACGGAAGUGGAUUGUUCCUUCAAAAACAGGAAAUCAUCAUUUAUUUCUAAAUCAACUUUUUCCCCCAGCUAAGGCCUAGAAAGAAAUGCCGUUUUAGAGAUAGCGUAGCAAACUAGCUCAUUAAAGUAAUGAUUGAUUAUUCGAAUUGUCGAUUGUCCCUCUUUUAUUGAGAAAGUAUUAUUUGUGAUCCUUGAUGGUAAAUAUCUGAGAUCUAAUUAACUUAAUUUGUUGUUCAACAAUUUGUAUUCAAGUCAUGUAAAUAUGUAGAAUGCAGUGUUGUAUUACUUUUGGAUGAACACGCAGGCCUUUUGUAAAUGGGGAACGAUAGUGCUUUGUCUGUUUUUGGAGCAGGGAACUCAUUUUGCCAGGUCCGGAGUUCGUCACUGAAAAUUGGUUAUAUUUCCAUUAUAGGUCCAUUAUAAUUUCUACACAUUUUUGAUUUUGGUAUUGUAUAUUGAUUUUGUCAGUACAGCUUCUUUUUGCCAAUAUUUGGGCAAUUAACAGAAUUGGGCUGCCUGUAUAAACAUAGCCAUUUACUCAAACCACCUGUGGGCCAGAUUGGACCCCUGUAUGUUUGACGCCCUGUUUUUAGAGAGUAUAGCCAGUGCUAGUUGGUGUAGUAUGUCAACCACCAACCUUCCAUUUCUUUCUCCCUACCACUUGGGGGGGGUGUAUUUUUUCUGUAUGAAUUACCUGCAGGCUAAAUGCUAUCUUGAGAUCAUUGCAUGUCAUUGCAUUUAGCGUAUAUUUAUGCACAUCUCUCAUUGACGUCAACUUGGGAUUUACGUAAAAGUCAAUUUGACACUUAGCCUAUGUAACUCAAUGGAGGCUUUGGACUGAAUGAGCUGUAAUGUGUGAUAUCAGGGCCUUAAAAUCCAUUAGUUGUAAUGUUUUGUUGUUGUGUGUGUUAAUGUAACAAUUGUUGUCUGUACAUUAACGCUACAUAGGUUAUUACACAUACACAUACUUUACAUGUUAGUGAAGGCCAAUGAUUACAGGUACACAUAAUUUACAUGUUAGUGAAAGCCAAUGAUUACAGGUACACAUAAUUUACAUGUUAGUGAAGGCCAAUGAUUACAGGUACACAAUUUACAUGUUAGUGAAGGCCAAUGAUUACAGGUACACAAUUUACAUGUUAGUGAAGGCCAAUGAUUACAGGUACACAUAAUUUACAUGUUGGUGAAGGCCAAUGAUUACAGGUACACAUAAUUUACAUGUUGGUGAAGGCUAAUGAUUACAGGUACACAUAAUUUACAUGUUAGUGAAGGCCAAUGAUUACAGGUACACAUAAUUUACAUGUUGGUGAAGGUCAAUGAUUACAGGUACACAUAAUUUACAUGUUAGUGAAGGCCAAUGAUUACAGGUACACAUAAUUUACAUGUUGGUGAAGGCCAAUGAUUACAGGUACACAUAAUUUACAUGUUAGUGAAGGCCAAUGAUUACAGGUACACAUACUUUACAUGUUGGUGAAGGCCAAUGAUUACAGGUACACAUAAUUUACAUGUUAGUGAAGGCCAAUGAUUACAGGUACACAUAAUUUACAUGUUAGUGAAGGCCAAUGAUUACAGGUACACAUAAUUUACAUGUUAGUGAAGGCCAAUGAUUACAGGUACACAUACUUUACAUGUUAGUGAAGGCCAAUGAUUACAGGUACACAUAAUUUACAUGUUAGUGAAGGCCAAUGAUUACAGGUACACAUACUUUACAUGUUGGUGAAGGCCAAUGAUUUUCUAAUGAAGGGUGAAAUUACAUUCUUUGAUCUACGAAUUGGAAUGAUUCCUUGGAAGGUGCUUCCUGAUUGAAAAUGACUUGUCUAUGUGAUUUAUUGUAGCUCAGUUUAAGUCAAUUCUUUAGUUUGUCCAACAUUGCCAUUCUGUUCUAUAAUGUGUGAAGGCACCCCUUGCAAGAAAAACACUUUUUUUUAUUUAUUUUUACUCGAGUGAUAACAGAAGAGUGCAACAAGAAAACACACAAAGCUAUAUAUGACCUCUGGGGUUUUGUUUGGAAGGCAAUCCAUUUGUUAGUCGUUGCUGCUGCCUGAGGCAGGAGUACAUUCUGUUGUCCAAAACAUGGACGUCCCAUGGUAGUGGGAUGCAACACUAGAUCAAGAGGUGAGUAAACAACUUUUGUCAGAUAGUUAUUCAACUAUACCAGAGAAAUACUAGGACUUUGUCUAAACUCUUUGCUUUUUAACUGGUUUUAUGUACAAAACAGUGAUUUUCUGUGUUGGGCUUUUCUUAACUCCUAAAUGUGCCUUCAAGGGGAGAGUAAAUAUCCAUUUUUUUCAUA